CUCAUUUGAUACACAUGCGCUAUCUAGCAUGUAUUUGGACUCACGUUAUAAAUAUUUGUUAAUGUCAAUGAGGACGACAGAACUUAAUUUAAUGAUAAUACAGAAAUUAAAAGCCCUAGAAAAAUUUUGUACCCAGGAAAAGGGCAGGGUGAUUAGUUCAAUUUAAGUGUGAAAAAAAUUUUUAAAUCAAUAUAAAUCGUUGAAACCAAAAUGGUUAAGAUAGCAUUGAAAAUCAAAGUAUUGUUGGAGAAUAUAGAAGAAUUGAAGUCCUCAGGAUUAAGCCAUAAUUGGUAUUUUAAAUUUAAAUGUUGCAAUUGUGGUGAAAUAACAAAGAAAUGGUGCUCUGUUUCUUUAGAAGAUUCUAUCCCAAGUACAAAGGGGAAUGCUGUGAAUCAUUUUCUAGCUAAAUGCAAGCUUUGUGGUCGUGAGAACUCUAUGACUAUUGUAGAAGAUUCUAUCAAAUCGUUUACUGCUGAAGAUCAAGGAAGAUUUAAAAAAAUCGUUAUAUUAGAUUGUAGAGGACUAGAACCUUGUGAUUUUUCUGCACGAGAAGGAUGGAUCGCAAAAGCUAUAGACAAUGGUACAGAAUUUACGGAUGUUGAUUUAUAUGAAUAUGAAUGGAUUGAAUAUUGCGAGAAAAUAAAGAAACCUGUUGGAAUAACCGAAAUUGAGCACAGAUUUGAAAGAGUUAAAUAAAAUAUCUAUUCAUAAAAUGAUGUAUAUAAAAUAGUUCUCAGUUAGUGUUUCUUUAUUGUUUUAAUUAAUUAUUAAGUUUAUACAAUCUACAUGUAUACCCUUCUGGUUGAAAAUUGUUAGAUUGCAUUUAUUCAUUAUACUCAUUAUCAUACUUUCUAAAGUAUGGAUAUUUUGUAAUUGCAAUUUAGAAUAACACAAAAGAUUAUUUACUUACUAAGUAUAUUGUUUACUUACUAAGUAUAUUGUUUAUAUCAACUAUGUACAAAGUCCUUGAAUAAAGCAGUAAUUUCAUAAUGCAUAAGUAUCUGUGUUUUUGUUUCUCAUAAAGUAAUUGCAUUUGAAGUAACAUAUUACUGCUGGAUUUAAAUGUCAACUUAAACAUGUUAAUGUUGAUUUGUAAGGAUAUGAGUAUACAAACUGACACAUAACUCUAACGACAUAAUAUAAUUUAUUCAUAAUCAUAUAAAAAAACCAUUUAAUUUCAUAAAUGGCUCAAUACACAGGAAAUAUCAUUCGCAACAAUUAUUUCGUUAUUCCUCUGAAUAUGUCCAAACCUGCCAAUUGUUGCCAAAACAAAUGCCUGCAAUUAUGAUCACAAAUUAACAUUAAAACUUUUCUUUUCCCUUUCUUUUUUUUUUUAUCUUUUUUUUUUUUUAACUAUUUUUAAAUUAUGAAUGAGAAUCUCAAAUAGAAAUUUUAAAUGUUAGAUGUAUAACGUGCUAAUGUUCUAUAUACUUCUGGAAUGUGUUGAUGCAACUAAUGAAAAUAAUUAUAUUCAUAUGUAUUAACCUUCUUGACGUGUAGAUUGUAAAAUUAUAAUCUUCAUUGAUUAAAAACUAAGUCUGUACAGUUUUUAUGUAUAAAAGUUUGAAUUAUUUCAUAUAAUCUAAGCUAGCUUAGAAACAUAAAACAACAUUCUUAUUAUCGGAACUAACUUCCCAACUGGUUGUACAAUGUACAAUAAAAUAGUUUUUGCAAAAUGCGUAAAUAAAUCACAAGAAAUAUUUAAAGGAAUAUUCUAAACUUUUUAAUCAUUGGUUACCUAUCUCUCUAAUUCUACUAACGCUAUAUUCUUCUAAUGUCUCUCUUUUACUAUGGUUUUCUAAUACCUAACACAAAUAAAUAUCAUGUGCGCAUUACAUUCCAUUGCCCAUGAAGGGGGAUUUAACAUAUAAAUCACAUGUAAAUAAUCAUUUCUAAAUGUUUUAAUCUAACAAUAAUAAAUAACUCUAUCAGUCUAUUCUCACAAAAAUAUCACUGCGACUGAAAGUAUUCUUAUCCUUUGAAUCACCAGAGUCAAAUCUUUAUAUAUCUGUUAAAGUAGAUAUCACAUUUACAAAGAAUGUAGAACCGGCUCUUUUUUCUUUCUUUUUUGUUUUUCUUUUCUUUUAUGAAACAACCAGAGUAUUUGUAUUAUUAUUAUUAUUAUUAUUAUUAAAUUUAUUACAACAAACAAUACUUAAUAAUAAAUGUUCUAGUUAAGAUGUUCUAGUAAUAUGUUCUAGAUAAGACUUGAACAUUAAUAUUAAUAACAAUAAUUUUUAUAACACGCAUGGAUUUAGUAAUAUAAAUUAUGAUAGGCCAUUUAAUUGGCAAAAAUGUUAUUAUCUAAUAAGUAAAAUUUGAACUGUAAUAAUCACUUAAGAAUUGACUCUGGUAUAUAUCAUUGAAGAUUUUUAUAUUCUUCUAAAACAUAAUAAAAAUAAUUCAUUUUCUACGAUAAUCUGAAAUUAACAUUAUAAUAAUCGUUUUGAAUUAUUCAAUGUUAUUAGUGUAUGCGCAUUUAGUAUUUUUUAAUAAACUAAAUAAUUCUAUAGUACUAUGCUAGAUUAUCAUCUUUGGUAUGGUAAUGGGAAGUACGCUUAUUCUAUCGACAGCAAUGGUCAUCUUAUCAGUUUGAUAACUGAUAUUACUCUUUAAAGGUAUGUAUUUCGUAGAUAUAGGAACAUUAUGAGUAAUGUUGAUGAAUUACAAUACGCCAUUUCUUUUAGCUCUACUUGUAAAAAAUAAUUUACACUGUGUAGUCACUGUGAAAAAGAAAGAAAAGAGAUUUUUGGGUAGGAUUCUAUUUCUUUUUUCUUUUUUUUUUUUUUUUUGUUUUUCCUCAUAUAUACUAUACACAUUUGUACAGUACACUGAAAAGUAAGAUUAAUUAAUACAAAAUUUAAUCCAUUCCAAGGAUUUUUAUGGAGAAACUAUUUGCAUGAUAAUAAGCAUAUCAAUAAAAAAAAAAAAAAAAAAAAGAAAAAAGAAAAAAAGAUCCUUGCUCUUAACAAGCAAGAAAAUUCUAAAUGAGUAUGCGCGUACUGUUUAUUCUGCGAUAGAACAAGUUUUUUUUAUGGGAUAAAUUUGGGCCAUAUUCAUUGGGUACACAAUUUAAGGAAUUUCCUAAUAUCUAAUCGAUUAUAGUUCAUCAUAUUACCUACCUGUUUAUGCUUCUGCUAGAUGUGAAUUCCUAGAUUUGCUAUAUGAAUAGACUACAUGCAUUUUUUUUUGCCUUUUUUUUCCUUUUUGUUUUUUUUUUUUUUUUUUUUUUUUUUUAUAACAUUCGUUUAGUAUUUAUUCGUGUUUAUUUUUCUUUUUUUUUUUCCGACGACUUUUAGAAUUCUUUUCUUUAUCAAGCUUCUUUUAAAGAUUAAAGCGACACCUCCGAAUAGGCCCGUCAAAGACAAACUCCAAAGAUUUCUACAAAUUUAUUAGAAAUUUUUACUCUUCCUUUAUCUGAACACACUCUAUUAUAGUCGAGGAAACCUAAUCAUGGAAGAUCCCAAUUGAAAUAUUAUUAAUAUUUCCUAUUAAUGUGAACACUUGCUAGAACGUCACUGUGACAAAUAGUAUGAAAUAUCUACUUCGAAUUGUCAAUGAACAAAAGUAGAAAGAAAAAAGAAAAAAAAAAAAAAUAUAUAUAUAUAUAUUAGCAGAAAAAAAAGAGAAGGUAAUACUUGAAGCGUCGUUUGAAUCGUGUAGACAAAGAGAAUGAUGCCCUUAAAAAUAUACAACAUCUUCAAUUACGAAUGUCUUACCACGUUAUUAGACAGGCAGAAAAAUACAUCGAUUCGUUUGCGCAACAUGCGUCAGCAUUCGGUAGUAAUUCAGCUAUAUACAUUUGCUUCCAUCGAUACUCUGCCUCAUAGAUCCAUUUUAUCUUCGGCGAAAUCACAUUACAUAUUAUAAUUCGAUGAUAAAAAAAAAAAAAAAAAAAGAAAAAAAGGAAAAAAAAAAUAUGCAAACGAAAUUCGGCUGUUGAGAAUAUUCCUGAAAAAUACUUACAGCAGAUUCUUUCUCCAUCGUUAGAUCGGUCUUUUUUUUUUCUUUCUUUCUUUCAUUUCUUUUUUUUCCCCCUCUUUUUCUUUUAUAUAAAUUAUCAAUCGAUGAUAUCUACCUAUCUAGAUAAAACUUGAGUAUUUUUCACGGAUAUAUA